AUGUCUAGUCGCAAUGCCAAUGAAAAACCAGAGACCGAGGCAACGCAAGCGGCCAGACCACCUACACAGCCGAAAUUCGAAUGGUUCCAAAAUCUUUUCAAGUUUCUGUGCUGGACCCCGCCACGUUGCCGCUACGAUCCUGACCGAGAGUUUCCUUUCACUUUGGCUCUAAAUCUACUAUUCAGCUUCGCCAGCGUGGUUACAGUCGCGAAUCUCUACUACGCUUACCCAAUUCUCAACAAAAUUGCCAGUGAUUUCGGAAUCACCUACCAGAAAGCAUCGUUAAUCCCAACGUUAUUACAAGCCGGCUAUGGAUCUGGUAACUUGUUCCUAUGUCCCCUCGGGGAUCUCUUGCGUCCUAGGCCACUCAUCAUUCCUCUGGUCCUGGUCUCAGCAACUAUCUGGCUCGGCCUCUGCGUUACGACAUCAUUCAGUGCCUUUUGUGCUUUGAGUUUUCUUACUGGCUUCACGGCUGUCACCCCGCAGCUCAUGGUUCCACUGGCUGACGCCCUCGCCCCUCCUGCGAGGCGUGUGAGGGCAAUAUCUAUUGUCUUCGCCGGCCUCAUGUUCGGGCAGGUCCUCCCACGGAUCUUGUCUGGAGUUGUAACGGAGUACACAAACUGGCGAAACAUAUUCUGGCUAGCUUUGGGACUACAAAUCUUCCUACUUGUUCUGCUUUGGCUCUUCUUUCCGGAUUAUCCUCCGAACGAUGCCGAGGGCCUUAGUUACCCCCAGAUGCUCUGGAGCAUGCUGCGUCUCAUCUUCGUACAACCAAUUCUGGCAUACGGAUGUCUUACCUCAAUGCUAUCGAACGCUGCCAUGUCUUCGUUUUGGACAACACUCACGGCGCUACUUGCUGCGCCACCUUACGACUUUUCUCCAAUGAAGAUUGGCCUUUUUUCUUUCGUCGCCAUCGUUCCAGUUGCGGUCGUCCCGCUCUACAGCUCGCUGGUCAUUGAACAUUUUGUUACAUACCUUCCAGUUAGCAUUGCCCUAACUUGUGGGUUGAGCGGCGUGGCUGUGGGCAUCUUUACGGGUACUUUCACACUCGCUGGAGUUGUUAUUCAAGCCUUGGCCAUAGACUUUGGCGUCGACGCAACCAGUAUAGCAUAUCGGUCAGCGGUAUAUAGGGCGGUCCCGAAGAGUAGAAAUCGAGUAAACGUUGUGUAUAUGACUUCUGCUUUUAUUGGACAGUUAAUAGGCACCAGCGCUGGCAACGCCAUUUACGCCCAGGGUGGCUGGUCAAGGGUCGGCAUAGCCGGUAUGGCUUUGCUUGCGAGCUGCUUGGUGCUGACGUUUGUUAGGGGGCCUCGUGAAAAUGGUUGGAUUGGCUGGAAAGGAGGCUAUUCCGUACGUAAGUAA